CGACAGUUGGAUCUCAAAGUCUCUCUACCAGCUCACUCAAGUCGACUACCGGCUGCGGCGCCAAUUGGUGACGAGCUGGGAGACGAGGCUAGCGACGGGUCAACGAGACGAUACGUAUCAGCUCGCCUUAUGCAAGGCCAUCGGAUUCGGCACUGGAAAGGACCCGCGGAAAUCGGACGAAUUAGUCUUUGGGAGCUCAAGGCCUAUCAUUGACCUAGAGCAGGACAUCAAGAAGAUUCGUUACGGAAGGAUAGAGCCCGAGUUCCAAGAAGCAUUCAUGAGAUUUUUCGACAGCGGCAAUGUGGCGUGGUCAAAUGUAGGCGAGGCUCACGUUCGAGAUGAGGCAAACAACGUCAAGGUCGCCUACGAGAUGGAGAUCGAAGACCUGGAAAACACCCUUGGAAGCAGUUGCGAGCUUGUCAUGCUUCUAAAGCAGCGUCUGGCAGGGAUUAUUACUCAGCUCGGAGAACUGGACCAGGCAGGACGACUCUAUUUGGAAAUCGAAAAAGGAAUAGCGGAAAGAAAAGACACAAGUCCAGACAUGCCUCAGGCUUAUUUCGCGAAUAAAUUCAUGGAGGAGAACUCUAGGCAAUACGAGCUAGAUAAGGCAAAGAAAGAGAACAACAGACGGCUUCUGAAUAGCCGCGGCGAACUGGCCGCGUCCUAUCGAAGUCGCGGUUAUUGGAUAAAAGCUAAUUGGUUGGAGCGGGACAUCUUGGAUAAGAAGAAGGAUCUGCUAGGAAACAAGCACCUGGAAACGAUCGAGACCAUGGAAAGCUUGGCCAUGACCCUUGUGAAGCAGAAGCGCUGGCGCGAGGCCGAGAGCCUCGAGUUGGUUGUCUUAGAGACUAGGAGGAGCCAGCAGGGACCGGACCACCCCCGAACUCUGCGGAGUGAGAAAAACCUCGCAGCCAUCUAUGGUUGCGUGCAGACAUGCCGAGAGGUGGAAAGGGAGGUCGUGAUACCGGCAGGGGCAAGAACAGCAGCUAUCCCAUCAAAGAAGAAGGUGACGGCCGCGGAAAGAGGACAAAGGCGCUGGAAGAUGGCCGAGGAGCUCCUGGGCUGCGUGCUCAAACGCGGCAGCCGGGUGCUGCAGCGUAACGACCCUGACAUGGCCGAUGCCAGAGCCGUGCUGGCUGCAGUGUACCACCGGCAGCGCAGGUGGGACGAGGCGGCGCAGCUGGAGAACGAAGUGCUGGAGCUGCGAACGAGCCAGCUGGACGGCGACCACCCCGACAUAUUGGCUAGCCUGGGCAACUUGGCCCUGCUACUCAAGAUGCAAGGCCCCGAUUGUGCGAAGCUCGCCGAAGCCGAAGCCAAAGAGCGCCAUGUCCUGGAAGCCCGGCGGCGCGUCCUGGGCCCGCUCCACCGGGACACGCUGAUGGCGCUGGCAAACUUGGCCGCUACUUGUAAUAUGAGAUGCGGAGAGGAAGAGGAAGACCGCGCCGCCGAGGUGAGCAAGUUGCGUGCAGAGCUCCAGAAGCUGACAAGGGAAGCACGGCGAGCGAGGAAAGAUGAGUGGAAGCAAAGGCGAAAGAACGAGCGGAGGCAAGAGCGGAGGCAAAAGCUCAAGCAGAACCUGGAACGAAUAUGGCCUGGAACGGUGGUCUCGGCCGCCGAGUCUCAGGCCAAGGCUGAAGUAGACGCGUGGUAUAAGACGACGUUUGGGGCGUAGUUCACUAGGUGGCGGCAUAUAAAUACUAGAAGUUGAUAUU